AUGUCGGGACAGAAGCGUCCUGCUGACCCAAGCGGCCCCUCGUCCUCCGGCGCCCCCCCAGAGAAGCGCAGGGAGAGGGAAGGAGAGGACGGAGCUCCCGGUGUCAGCGCAGCUGCCGGAGGUAGCACUGCGGUGGAGACGGUCAUCAAACUGGGAGGAGUGUCCAACUCCGAAGAACAAGACAUCAAAGCUCUCCAGGCUAAAAACCGAAAGUUGGGAGAAUCUCUUGAUCAAAGACAGGUGAUUGAGGAUGAAUUGCGAGAGCGAAUUGAGAGACUGGAGACCCGCCAGGCCACUGAUGAUGCCAGUCUGCUGAUCCUCAACAGAUACUGGAACCAGUUUGAUGAAAACGUUCAACUGACCAUCAGGCGUUAUGACCAAGCAAGCAGCGAACCUGAGAAAUCUCUGGCAGGUGAGGGGCGGAGCCUGAAGCCCGAAACUCCAGAACCUGAUGGCGACUCUAACCAGGAGCGGGCCAAGGACAGAAACCACCAGGGAGAGACAACCAACUCUUUCCUGGCAACGCUGGCGAGCAGCAGCAGUGAGGAGAUGGAGGCUGAGCUUCAGGAGAGAGUGGAGUCCAGCCAGAAGCAGGCCCGGCACGUGGUGGAGAUCUACGAAUGUCUGAAGAGCACCGUGGACCAACUGAAGGCAGAGCUGGACUCUGGUGCUGAGGGAAGUCUAUGGCAGGCAGCUUCCAAACUGAAUUCUCUCCUGUCCACCGAAAACAAGCGGCUGCUACAGCUGACUGAGGACCUGAAGCAGAAGCACAGUCACAUGACGAGCGAGUCCCGGCCUCUGGGUCGCGCUGCUAACAAAGCAGACCAGCGAGUCAGCGAGCUGCAGGUUCUGAUCGAGGAGCUCCAGUGGGACAUGGAGAAGAUCCGCCGCAGAGAGAACAGACUGAAUGCACACCUGAUCGAGAUACUGGAGAGGGUGAACAGCAAAGGUUAUAAGGUGUGUGGGGAGGCCAGCAGCGUCUGUGGGACCAUCACUAUCAACAAGAGAAAGUUUGAAGAAAUGAACAGUGAUAUGGAGGAAAACACGGAGCUGGCAGACAACCGCUUCGUUGAGCUGCAGAAGCUCCAGCAGGACCUUCAGAGUGUGCACCAGGAGAACAACAACAUGAAGGCGGAGCUGCUGAGUCGAGCAGCAUGCUUGGUAAAAGAGACUGCUGAGUAUCGCUGCCUGCAGUCCCAAUUUUCUGUGCUCUACAACGAGUCUCUGAUUCUCAAGGCUCAGUUAGAUGAGACGCGCGCUCGUCUCAACACUACUAGGACAUCAAGGCUUCGACAGCUGGAGCACAUGGAGAAUGAUGAGGUGGCUCUGCAGAGGAAGGUUCGUACAGAAGUCUUUCAGCUGGAGGACACACUGGCUCAGGUCAGGAAGGAGUACGAGAUGUUGCGCAUCGAAUUUGAACAGACUCUUGCUGCCAACGAGCAAGCAGGCCCUAUCAACAGGGAGAUGCGUCACCUGAUCAGCACGCUACAAACCCACAAUCAGCAGAUGAAGGGAGAAGUGGUGAAAUUCAAGAUCAGACUGAGAGAGUCACAAACUGAGCUCAACCAGGUCCGCGCCUCAAAGGGAAACGCCAUCCUCCAGUCCCAGUCGAGCACAGAGAUGGACGUGAAGGAUGAAACAACCUCUCCUUCUACACCAGCCCUCUCUGGAGAACCUGUGGUCAAGACAGAGACCGACAACGGCUCCUCCACACCCAGCAGCACUGGAGCCUCUGUGAAAACGGAGCCCGGAGUUGAACCUGAAGCAACAGUAAAAGAGGAGGAGAAAGAGAAGGAGGAAAAGAAAGAAAAGGACAUUGUAAAGAAAGAGGAGAAAGAGCGGGAGAAGGAAAAGGAGAGAGAGAGGCCGACUCGCGGCGGUGGGAGCAGCAGUGUGAUGAAGGAAGAGAAGGACAAACCAGGGAGCAGCAGCCAGCCUGAGGAGUCAGCCGGGGAGCGCCUGUCUGUGGUCGGAGGCUCGAAGAGGAAGGAGAUGGAGCAGCUGAAGAUCGUCCGAGCUGAACUCAAGAAAGCGCAGGAGUCCCAGAGGGAGAUGAAGUUGCUGCUGGACAUGUACCGCUCAGCACCAAAGGAGCAGAGAGACAAAGUCCAGCUCAUGGCUGCAGAGAAGAAGUCCAAGUCUGAGGGAGAGGAGCUGCGGCAGAGGCUGAGGGAGCUGGAGGAGAGGGAGAGGAGGGAGGGCAAGAAAAUGGCAGACGAAGAGGCUCUGAGGAAGAUCCGCUCUGUGGAGGAGCAGAUUGAUAUCCUCAACAAGAAGCUCUCUAUAGCAAAACAGGAGGAGGACGCGCUGCUGAGCGAGAUGGACGUGACGGGCCAGGCUUUCGAGGACAUGCAGGAACAAAACAUUCGCCUGAUGCAGCAGCUCAGAGAAAAAGACGACGCCAACUUCAAGCUGAUGAGCGAGCGGAUCAAGUCCAACCAGAUCCACAAGCUGCUAAAAGAGGAGAAGGAGGAGCUGGCCGACCAACUGCUCACUUUAAAAACUCAGGUUGAUGCCCAGCUGCAGGUGGUGAGGAAGCUCGAGGAAAAGGAACGUCUUCUGCAGGGCACCAUCAGCACUGCUGAGAGAGAGCUGGCACUUCGCACACAAGCUUUGGACAUGAAUAAACGCAAGGCCCAGGAGUCUGCGUUGCUGUCGGAGGAGAUGCGAACUCAGCUGGAGCAGGUUCAGCAGAGACUCAACCUGGUCAGAGAGGAAGUCAUAGAGAACAGCAUCUCCAGGGAGAAGGAGUCCUUUAACGCUCGACGAGCACAGGAGGACAUCUCCAAACUAAGGGGAAAGAUCGAGAAGGCCAAGAAACCAGCUGAGAAAAUCAGCAAUGGAGACGAUAUCCUGAAUGAAGAAAUCAAUGAUUAUAAGGCACGCUUAACGUGUCCGUGCUGCAACUCUCGGGUGAAGGAUGCGGUACUGACAAAGUGCUUCCACGUCUUCUGCUUCGAGUGCGUUAAGACGCGCUACGACACACGCCAGAGGAAGUGCCCCAAGUGCAACGCCGCCUUCGGAGCAAACGACUUCCACCGCAUAUACAUCGGCUGAAGCCGCGUUUCCCUCUCCGUGG